UGUCUAUCUGUCUUUCGCUCUCUGUCUCUCUCUUUCUCCCCUCCUCUUCCUGUCUCAUACUUAAUUCCAACUCACUCCACUGCUAUCCCCAACUGGGACCCAACAUUCAUACGUAAGGUACAGAGGAAGUAGUGCAGGGGUGAAAGGGGUAGACAGAGUCACCUUGACUUUUUAUAGUUCAGCUGUUAAGCAAAACAUUGACUAGUGCUGGGUUUUAUUUUCUAAUAUGAGUUGGCCAAAGACAAUAGAAUAAAGGGGAUAUUUACAUUCUUCAGAGGACUGAUCCUCUUGUUUUCUUAUUGGUGCUUUCCAGACCCAAAGAUGCUGACAGAGCUGAGGCUCAUCCUGGUAGGGAAGAGAAGAAGUGGAAAAAGUGCAACUGGAAAUAGCAUCCUGGGCAAGAACGUCUUUGAGUCCAAGCUCAGUUCUGGGCCAUUGACUGAAAGAUGUCAUCUAGAGAGGAGGGAAUGGCAGGGAAGGACACUUGUUGUUAUUGACACCCCAGAUAUCUUUUCCCCUAAUGUCCAGACAAAAAACACAUUUCUGGAGAUCUCUCGUUGUUUGGCCCUCUCGUCCCCAGGGCCUCAUGCCCUGCUCCUGGUGAUCCAGCUGGGCCAUUACACCAACGAAGACAAGAAGGUCUUAAGGCAUAUUCAGGAAAUAUUUGGAGUGAAGAUCCUCUCUCACACCAUCCUUGUCUUCACCAGGAAAGAAGACUUAGGGGAUGGGACCCUGAAGGACUAUUUAAAAGGAACAGAGAACAAAAGCUUGAGCUGGUUGGAUACGGUGUGUGAAGGAUUUCACUGUGGUUUCAACAACAAAGCUGAAGGUGAGGACCAGAAGAACCAACUAGAGGAACUGAUGCACAUGGUAGAUGGGAUGCUCUGGAAAAAUGAAUACCAAUAUUACUCAAAUGAGGUGUACGACUACAUCCAGCAAAAUAUUCAGCAGUUAAAAGAGGAACUGGGAGAACAGUCAAUAGGCCUGGGACAGGUUUCUAAGGGAGUUUUCU